AUCAGUCGCCCAACACAACUCGGCGCGCUUACGUCCGACUCCGAAUUUCUGAUUUUUUUUUUGGCCCAUCCGUCGUUCCAUCCACUCAAAUCGCGCGCGGUUACUCAUCUCUUUGUGGACCUCCUCCUGUGUAUUUUCAUCUGUGCAUCGGUCUGUUCAGUGUCCCUGGCUCCCAAAAAGUGGAUUCCAUCCAUGUGCUCUGAGAAAGUUUUGGAUAAAAGUUGACGACAGGAUCCGAAAGUCGUCCGUAUAACUACAUCUCAGGACGACUGUAGAACAUGGAUUUCAGCUCGGCGCCCCUCAAUGACAGCUCCAGUGGCUGGAUCAAACACUGGAAACAGAUCACCGAUGAGUUCAAACCAGACAGAGAAGUCGACACCUGGUUCCUUAUGGGCUCCCCGUGGCCAAUGAUGGUCAUCCUCCUUCUCUAUCUACAGUUUGUCCUCAAGUCCGGCCCGGAGAUGAUGAAAAACAGGCCGCCCCUAAAAUUAAGAGGCCUUAUAAUAUUUUACAAUACUUUCCAAAUUUGCCUCAAUGGAGCACUGUUCUUCUCAUGUUUUGGAACACCUGGCUUCGUUUCCUAUGUUUGGCGAGAAUGCUGUCGACCGACCGCUGUGGCAGUUUCACCUCAGGAAGCUGCUCAUCUACUCCUUUUCAAUCGAGGAAGCUGGUGGUUUUUGAUGGCCAAAGUUCUUGAUCUCUUAGAUACUGUAUUUUUUGUUCUCAAUAAGAAAAACUCUCAUAUUUCGUUCCUCCACGUUUAUCACCAUUCAAGCAUGAUGCUGACCGUAUGGUUCGGGUUUAAAUACAUCAGGCCUCUUCACUCAACAUUACCCGGAGUAUUGAACGCCUUGAUUCAUGUCAUCAUGUACACCUACUACUUAGUCAGUAUCUUAAGCCCCGGCAUAGGAAAAAAAUACAUCAGGAUGAAAAUGAUUGUUACCAGACUGCAAAUUGUUCAGUUUGUGGUGAUUUUAGCUCACUGCACGGCUGUCUACAUGAACUGCCCUGUGCCUCGAAGCAUAAUCUACCUCCUCUUCUUCCACGUCACUGCAUUCCUAAUUCUCUUCCUCAAUUUCUACAUUAAGCAGUACAUCAUUAAGAAAGGCAAUAAUCACGAACUCAAGAGCUCAACAAAAAAAGUCUCAUAGUUUUUAAUACCGAAAAGUGCAUUUUAUCAUUGAAUUCCAGUUGUAAUCUUGUUUUUUGGCUCUUGAUUGGAGCGGAAAAAUACGCUCCAGAUUAUGGACGGAUGAUAAAAUUUGCAGAUGCGCUCAUAAUUUGUUCCUAUAAAGUUGGUUUGGAAUUUUCGAAGCUGGGAUAGCAAAUUUGGGUUAGCUUUUUUCGUGCGAUACUACCAACCGUUCGGCUUUGAAAACCUGGCGUAAGAGAGAGUUAAGCCCCGAAAAAAGCAUACCCAAUCGAAAAUGUAUGUAAUGGCAUAUCAUGCCUGCUGAUUUAUUUUCGGGGGAAAAACGCUAGAUUGUACAUCAUUCGUAGUGCAAAUUUCUGUCAUUUUAUGUGUUAAAAAAGGAAAAUCAAUCAGUGUCAUUUUACGGAAUCUUAUGUACAUUUUUUCCUUAAAAAUGUUCCAAACAUUUCAGGCAACAAAAGUUAUUAAAAAAAUGUUGGUGGUUUUUUAAGAGAUUGAAAAUAUGGCAAAAUCUCUUGAUUACACUCAUCAGUGUAUAACAAAUUUCAAAUAUAACGCCUCAUUGUAGGCUCAACUAUGACCUUUUCAUUUCCACAUAAAACGGUGCGGUGAUUGUGCGUCCGUGUGAUACUUCAUAGUUUAGGUUCUCUGGAAAGUCUCCGGGUUCUACGAAUAAAAAUUAAAUUUCAAGAUGGCGAGCAUGUGUCAAAAUAUUUACCUUAAAGCGCCAAUUGAACAAUGGUGAUUUUCGGUGCAACGUAGCAUUUUGGCACAAAUCGGUUCUUUUACUAAGGCUCAAUUAAGAUUCGGAUCACAAUAAUAUUGUGAGCUUUGUUCAAUGAUUGUUUUUAGUUUGGUCGGUUAUUUAUUUUUACGAAGGUAGUUAUUUUUUAUUUUAUUUUAAUAAAUUAAUUUAUUUUUUCAAAGCCCCAUUUGUAAACAAAUAGUAAAAUACAAAAAUACUUCAACAUGUUUUUAGCAAAACUUGGGCAUUUAAAAGUCAAGCACAGCAAUCAUCCCUUCCAAGUAUAAUAGUGAGCUUUAAUGGUGUGUCAGAAGCGGAUUCAGCGAUUUAGCACCAUUGGCUUUCCUCCAUUCAAACCUGUGAUGAAUAAUCGAUUCUUGUUGGGGCAGCUACCCCCUCCUAGAAUCGAUACAUUUCCAUAGGUUAAAUUGGAGAAAAAAACAAUGUUGCCAAUUUGCUGGAUUUGGUAAUGCGGUGUGUGGAAGUUACCGAAGCAUAGAAAAAUGUUCCCAAAAAUCCGAAAGAAAAUAUUCGGAACGAUUCUUAGUUUCCGGGUGAUGGUUUACAACUUUUGUCAUCAAAAUGAUACACGCUCAACUAAAGGGUAAUAACUACCGAUCCAGAUCGAAACCUUUCCUGCAGGGUUUCCUUAAAAAUUGAAAGCUGCGACAUUGGCAUUUAAAUAGGGAAAAAUUUUAAAUGGAAAAAAAGAGAGAAAAGAAAGUUUCAUAUCAUUAUACACAGGAAAAACGAACUUUGUCUGCAAGAACUAUCAGAAGAGGGAUAUUCUUCGAGUAAGCCCCACAGCUUUUUGAUUUUAUAGUGGUAACUAGUUCGGACAAUGGAUAAGCUCAUCCAAAAUUAUUGAAAGCUGAACAUUGGAAACCAUAGGUAUUUUGAAAAUCUCAUCCUCCGGGCAAAGUUUGUUAAAUUGUCCUUGAACUUCUAGACUUUGAACUUGAAACUUCAGUUUUGAUUAAACUUCACGAAGACCUAUUUCCCGCGAGUGAUAAAAAAUGGAAAAUGAAAAAAACCUGAUUUGUUUAAUAUGAGGGGGUAUAUAAAUUCUAGUGUAUUAUUUAUGAUGAAAAUCACUUCAAACUAGAAAUUAAUAAAAAUGUUUGCGAGUAUUGACUCAGUGGCGUGUCUAUCUCUUUUCUAUUCUUUUUGUUUUGAUGUGAACUAUAUUUGUAAAAUCUCAACCGAGUAAGUAAUCUAUGAACUGUUGUUUUCGUGGAUUGCACAAAUUCGAUACUUUUGUUAAUUAAUACAAUAUCAUUAAAAAUCUCCA